GUCAUAUUUGUCCUCUAACCCGUGUGCUGUAUACCUUUUUUUUUCCAGAGCCAAUCCCAUCAUCACCUCUCUAAUCCAAUGAACACAGGCAGGAGGGCUCUUCCCCUUCCAGUUCAAUAGUAUCAGGCGACGGGCAUACAACGAUGCAAAGGUAAUUGCAUUUUUGUGGAGGCAGGACAACUCUAGCUUGUCAUUAACCACACCAAAGAUAGCUAUCAAAGGGUCAGGCUGCAGUGUUUUGCCAGGUAUUGCUGAGAGUGAUUGGAAGACUGAGGACCAGAAGCCAUGCAACGAUGGACACGACCAAAGUAUCAGCCUGUGAUAGGGGAAGAAGAUGAUGAAGAGGGAGAGGAUGAAGAUGCAGGAGAAUCUGAUGAGACAGACUCAGAGGCAGAGAGAGAGCAGGAAAGUCGUCGUCCUCUGUGGGCCAGGACUAAUUUGUAUGUUUUAAUUAGUUUCAGGCUAAUGUAUUAAAUUUUAUUAUCAUGUUAGAUUAUUGUUGUAUUUGUACUAUGUUUAAAUGCUGUUAAAUAUAUGCAAGUUACCUUUUAAAGUUGGUCAAUAGAGAGUCAUAUCACAUCCAUGACACUGAAAUUACUGCAUUAAUCCAAAUUGAUGUGGAAAAAUUAAAUGUUACUCCUUAUAUUAAAUUUUAAAUUAAUUUAUUUGUGUUUUUUUUUUUCCCAUCCAUAACAGAUUCACACCUGUGCUACCUGGGCUUCCUGCCUAUCAAGAUGACCCUAAAAUCCGUGAAUACUGGAGUCCAAUCCAGUACUUUUCACAAUACAUCAAUGACAAAAUGACAAGGGAUAGGUUCCACAAACUGAGAAGCUCACUCAAGAUUGUCAAUGACCUGGAUGUAACCGAAGAGGCAAAGGAGUCAGACAUUCUUUGGAGAGUCAGACCAUUGCUUGACCGUGUGAGGCAAGGUUGUCUCAGCCUUCCAAGGUGUGACAAGGUGUGCAUUGAUGAGCAAAUCAUCCCGUUCACAGGCCGCUGCCCAGUCAGGCAAUAUGUGCCAGGAAAGCCAAACCCUACUGGACUAAAGGUUUUUGUGCUUGCCUCGCCAAAUGGUCUGGUCCUGGAUUUCGAGGUCUAUCAGGGCAAGAACACAUUCAGGGGCCAAAGACUGGGAGUUGGAGCUGCAGCGGUCUUGCGAAUGGUCGAGUCAGUUCCUACUGGAACUUAUGUGUUCUUUGAUUGA